ACUAGCGUUUCAGUUGGUGUUGUCGCCGCAUCGUACUUGAAGUGAGGUGUUUCUAAAACCGGCCGGUUUGAAAGUGAAGUACCGUAAAAAAUGGAACAAUCUCAGGAAUCUGAACGUCAACGAUCGGGACAGCAUGGACCACCAAUCGAAACGCAAGAAGUAACGCGUUAUGAACGGGUUAAAAACAAAUGCAUGCCUGGGGUGAAGAUAACCUUACUGAUAUCGUUGAUAUUCUACAUAGCAGCUUUUGCCAUUGGGAUAUGGGGUAUAAAUAAAUGUCCUGCAGAAGAAAAUGUACCAUUCUUUUUAAUAGUAUUAGGCGGUAUAGGUGUUAUAUCAAAAACAGCAAGUAUAAUCAGAGACAAGCUUCUGGAGAUCCAUCCUAAGGCUCAAUUUGGUGAAUCUGCUCUAUACACCGUUGAGCUGGUCUUUAUAUUAUUGGGAUCUUUCUGGGUUUUCAAAAUCUACCCUCCUAACUACGACCAACCAUUAUCUCACAAUUACUGCAACAAAACAGUGUACAUCAUAGCCUUCAGCUACUUGGUAGCCUUGUAUUCAGUGAUUCUCUUCACCAUAAUAGGAUUCGCCUGCUUUCUGGGAUGCAUGUUCUUCGUGGCAUCGACAAGCAGGCAAGUUGACGAAGAAUCCCAAACUGAACCAAUGAGAUCAUAGCUCUCUGUACUAUACCGAAAAUAUAUCUGUAAAUAUAGCGCAUAUCGUAUUCCCUGUUUUACCUCAUCUCAACUAUAAUUAUAUUAUAUUAAUUACUUAUCAUUUUUAAUAAAGGAGUUUUUUUACAUAUUACU